AUGACUUCCCUCAAUAUUCAUCUCACUUCCUAUACUUCACUUCUUUCCCGUCCCUCUACCUUCCUAUACCUCACUUCUUUCCCGUCCCUCUACCUUCCUCUGCCUCACUUCUUACCCGUCUCUCUGCCUUCCUAUCCCUCACUUCUUUCCAGUCUCUCUACCUACCUUAUCCCUCACUUCUUUCCAGUCUCUCUACCUACCUUAUCCCUCACUUCUUUCCCGUCUCUCUACCUACCUUAUCCCUCACUUCUUUCCCAUCUCUCUACCUACCUUAUCCCUCACUUAUUUCCCGUCUCUCUACCUACCUUAUCCCUCACUUAUUUCCCGUCUCUCUACCUACCUUAUCCCUCACUUCUUUCCCGUCUCUCUACCUACCUUAUCCCUCACUUCUUUCCCGUCUCUCUACCUACCUUAUCCCUCACUUCUUUCCCGUCUCUCUACCUACCUUAUCACUCGCUUCUUUCCCGUCUCUCUACCUACCUUAUCAUUCACUCCUUUCCCGUCUCUCUGCCUUCCUAUCCCUCACUUCUUUCCCGUCUCUCUGCCUUCCUAUCCCUCACUUCUUUCCCGUCUCUCUGCCUUCCUAUUCCUCACUUUUUCCCGUCUCUCUGCUUUCCUAUCCCUCACUUCUUUCCCGUCUCUCCACCUUCCUAUCCCACAAUUGUUUCCCGUCCCUCUACCUACCUUACCCCUCACUUCUUUCCCGGCUCUCUACCUUACUUAUUCCUCACUUGUUUCCCGUCUCUCUACCUUCCUAUACCUCACUUCUUUCCCGUUUCUCUAGCAUCUUGCCUCUCUACCUACCUACCUACCUACCUAUCCCUCUCCUUCCCGGCUCUCUACCUUCCUAUCCCUCACUUUUUCCCGUCUCUCUGCCUACCUAUUCCUCACUUCUUUCCCGUCACUUUACCUUCCUAUACCUCACUUCUUUCCCGUCUCUCUAGCUUUCAACCUCUCUACCUUCGUAUCCCUCACUUCUUUCACGUCUCUCUAGCUUUCCAUUCUCUCUACCUUCCUAUUACUCACUUCUUUCCCGUCUCUCUAGCUUCUUAUCCCUCACUUCUUUCCCGUCUCUCCCUACCUAUCCCUCACUUCUUUCCCGUCUCUCUACCUUCCUAUCCCUCACUUCUUUCCCGUCUCUCUACCUUCCUAUCCCUCAUUUCUUUCCCGUCUCUCUACCUUCCUAUCCCUCAUUUCUUUCCCGUCUCUCUACCUUCCUAUCCCUCACUUCUUACCCCUUCCUAUCCGUCACUUCUUUCCUGUCUCCCUGACUUCCUACACCUCACUUCUUUUCCGUUUCUCUGCCUACCUAUCUCUCACUUCUUUCCCGUCUCUCUAGCUUCCUAUCCCUCACAUUUUUCCCGUCUCUCUAGCUUCCUAUCCCUCACUUUUUUCCCGUCUCUAUCUUCACAUCCCUCACUUCUUUCCCGUCUCUCUAGCUUUCCACUUCCUAUCCGUCACUUCCAUCCCGUCUCUCUAGCUUCCUAUCCGUCACUUCCUUCCCGUCUCUCUAGCUUCCUAUCCCUCACUUCUUUCACUUCUCUCUACCUUCCUAUAUAUCACUUCUUUCCCGUCUCUCUAGCUUCUUGUCUCUCUACCAUACUAUCCCUCACUUCUUUUCCGUCUCUCUACCUUCCUAUCCCUCACUUCUUUUCCGUCUCUCUACCUUCCUAUCCCUCACUUCUUUUCCGUCUCUCUACCUUCCUAUCCCUCACUUCUUUUCAGUCUCUCUACCUUCCUAUCCCUCACUUCUUUUCCGUCUCUCUACCUUCCUAUCCCUCAAUUCUUUCCCGUCUCUCUAGCUUCUUAUCAUCAAUUCUUUCCCGUCUCUCUAGCUUCUUGUCUCUCUACCUUCCUAUCCGUCACUUCCAUCCAGUCUCUCUACCUUCCUAUCCGUCACUUCCUUCCCGUCUCUUUAGCUUCCUAUCCCUCACUUCUUUCACUUCUCUCUACCUUCCUAUAUAUCACUUCUUUCCCGUCUCUCUAGCUUCUUGUCUCUCUACCAUAUUAUCCCUCACUUCUUUUCCGUCUCUCUACCUUCCUAUCCCUCACUUCUUUUCCGUCUCUCUACCUUCUUAUACCUCAAUUCUUUCCCCUUCUUAUCCCUCACUUCUUUCCCUCCUCUCCCUCACUUCUUUCCUAUCUAACUUACAUCUUUCCUACUUACCUAUCUCUUACUUUUUUCCUCUAUAUCUAUCCAUUCCUUCUAAUCUAUCCCUUAAUUCUUUCCUUCUUUCCUCUGUUCUCUCUUAA